UUCAGCCAGUUGGAGGGAGAAACAACAGGAUGAAGACGUUUGGUUGUUUGCUGGCUCUGUGUCUGUGGAGCCUUGCUUCAGGAACGACAUGCAAUGUUUCAAGUUCAAAUGCAAUCCCCAAUUUUGGAAAUAUCUACCAUGUCAAAGGAGUCAUCAAUUUGCCUUAUGCUGAAAUCGAGGAGCCUUUUGAGGCCUGGUACAAUCUUACUGGAAACAAGAGUCGUAUUGAGUAUUAUGAAGGCCAAGUCGUGACUUUGCAGUUAGGCUGUACUGAGCCGUUCGGCACCAUGUUCAAGUUGACACCGGAAACCACUGAGAAGGAGGUGAAUACAAAGAAGUGCUUUCAACUGAACGGAACCAAAGAAGGCCGUGUGGAGCCACAAACUGUCUUUCCCAACAUGGAGGGCUACAAGCCAAUAGGGGAAGAGUACUUCAAGGGAAUAUAUUGCACCGUGUGGCGGAACAUAUCCUAUUGGGGCAAGAAGAAGAACAUCUACACGAUGUGGGUGACCAACUCCAGCUGUGGCGUGUCCCCCGUGCAUUAUGAGAUGAAGGGUUACAACACGUUGCUGGGAUCCCACUAUGACAAGUAUGAAAUCGAUUACACCGACUACUCCAAUAGUUUCCCAGCUUCCAUUUUUGUCCUGAAACCUAAUGAAACAAAGCUAUGCAGUCAGUUGCCAGGAGAGUCGAUGGAGCACCGCAUUCUGGCAAACCCCAUGGCAGACUUUGUUGGGGGGGAGGAGGACCGAGCCCACCAGCUAUUCCACCACUAUCGGAAACGGUUUGGAAAAAUAUACGACAAUGAGACAGAGAUGGAACACAGAAAACAUACUUUCACCCACAACAUGAGAUUUGUCCACUCGAAGAACCGUGCCAAUCUCUCCUUCAAGCUGGCUCUGAACCACCUGGCAGAUCUCACACAGGAUGAGGUGGCUGCAAUGAGGGGGAAACUCAAAAGCACAACUCCCAACAAUGGGCAUCCUUUCCCUCAUGAGCAAUACAUUGGCCUCAUCCUGCCAGAGAGCAUUGACUGGCGGCUCUAUGGAGCUGUGACUCCAGUCAAAGACCAGGCAGUGUGUGGUUCUUGCUGGAGCUUUGCAAGCACAGGAGCUUUGGAAGGGGCUCUUUUUCUCAAGACCGGCCAGCUCAUCCCACUGUCUCAGCAAGUCCUCAUCGAUUGCUCCUGGGGCUUUGGGAACUAUGCCUGCGACGGCGGUGAGGAAUGGCAGGCGUAUGAAUGGGUCCUGAAGCAUGGAGGCAUUGCCACCACAGAGUCCUAUGGGCCAUACAAAGGCCAGAAUGGCUACUGUCAUAGCAACAAAUCGGAGCUUGUAGCCAAACUUUCACAUUAUGUCAACGUCACCUCUGGGAAUAUCACUGCUCUGAAGGCUGCCAUCUACAAGCAAGGCCCUGUGGCUGUUAGCAUUGAUGCUGCCCACCGAACUUUCUCUUUCUACUCCAGCGGGGUCUACUAUGAGCCCAAGUGUGGAAACAAGAGAGGUGAGCUUGACCAUGCAGUCCUCGCUGUCGGUUAUGGAGUCCUCCAAGGAGAGCUUUAUUGGCUCAUCAAGAACUCCUGGUCUACAUACUGGGGUAAUGAUGGCUACAUCCUCAUGUCCAUGAAAGAUAACAACUGUGGGGUAGCUACUGAUGCCACGUACCCAGUUGUGGCAUAACCACACCGUGGCAAGCUCCCAAAGAUGUUCUACGCCGCUUCCUGCUCCAAAUGAGGUCCUUCCAUCUCCUACAUUUUCCCACCCUAUCAGCACACUGGAAUCAUAGCCACAGAACU